AUGUGUUGGAAAGACAAACUCAAUUUGAGUUUGGUUAAGGAGAAUUCUAGGGAAGAGGAGAACAAGCAAGAGGCUGCCGGAAAGUUCCCAACAGAAGAAGAGAAAGCCAAAAUGAAGAAAAAGGAAGGAAGCUUCAAGGAAGCUCCAUUGAUGAAACUUAGCUUAGAAGAAAUACUCUGCAUUCCUGUUCUGUACCCCCGCCUCCCCAACCCAAACAAAAAAUCCCCAAUCUCAAACCCCCCCUGCCCAAAACCAAAAAUCCCUAAUCUCUUCUUACCCCUUUCUCUCUCGAUCGACGAUGACUCUAUUGUCAUUGCCAAGUCAUUCCCUCACAUGCUUAACUUGGCUAACCUCGCUCAGGAGGUUCAGAUUGCUUGCCAUCGACGAAUCAAGUUGAAAAAGGGGGAUUUUGCUGAUGAGAACUCGACAAUGACUGAAUCAGACAUUGAAGAAACUCUCAAGAGACUUGUGGGGGAACUGAAGAAAUCUCCUGAAGAAGUUUUUGAUGCUAUGAAAAAUCAAACUGUUGAUCUGGUCUUCACUGCUCACCCUACUCAAUCUGUCCGCAAAUCUUUGCUUCAAAAGCACAGAAGGAUUCGUAAUUGUUUAACCCAAUUAUACGCCAAAGAUAUCACUCCUGAUGAUAAGCAAGAGCUUGAUGAGGCUCUACAAAGGGAGGUAAGUUUGACUGCAUAAUGCAUUAGCUUAUAUAUACCAUCAUGCUUUGGCAUUUUUCCCAAUACGUGACUUCUCACAGAUUUACCAUAAUGCACUAAAUAUUAGGAACGUCAAUUAUGAGUUGCACCACCUACCAUUGUCAUUAGAUUGAGAAGGGUUAGGUGGACAGAAGUUUGUAGCAGUCACAGAAGUCACUUUAGUAGACUAAAACUCAAGAUAAGUAAGAUGUGAAGUUAUGGGUCAAAGCAAUGCAAUUUUGUUCUGCAAAAUCAGUAAUUCUAAAAUUGCAUAUUUAUUUAUUUAUUUAUUUACAGAUAAGUGCUCAAAAUAGCAACACUGCAUAUUCAUCUUAGACAAUAAAGUUAAUAUAUUAGACAAUAAAGUUUGAGGCCUCAGUUUUUAGGAGUCUUGUAUGUCUUUUAAGCCUUUUAAAUUUUGACAUAGCCUCAGGGUUGUGAGAGAGUUUCUUUUGGUUUGUUAUGUUUUCUUUUGUAUGAUUCUAUGAAGAGAUUUGUUGCCUAAUGCAUUUUUCAUCAUGUGACUCCUGAGGAUGUCUUGUGCAUCAUUGUAUAUCUUUAUUGUUUAGUAUAUUAACCUUCUACUUACGAAAAGAAACAAAAAUAUUAGACAGUUUCAGGACCCAAACUCAGAAGUAGAAACUUUGUAUGCAUAGAUUAAUCUGAAAUAGGGACUGCAAUAGGAAGUUGGUGGCCUAAUUCAUCAGGAAUUAUAAGACAGAAUGCAUCAUGUAUUUUAUCUAGCAAACCAACAGAAGAAUGUCUCUUAAUCCAAAAUGAAACAAAGUCAUUUACCAUAAAGGAAGCACAUCGACUGUAAAGAUUUAGUACACGGGGAGGGAAAAAAAAUUGAGAGAGAGAGAGAGAGAGAGAGAG